AUGGCCUCCUCAAUUUCGCGGAAAUUACGCCUCCACCAUAUUCAUUUCUUCAAUCGAUUUGUUUCUUCAAAAUUCCACAGCACUCCCAUCAAAUCCCUCCAGAGCCCAACCCUGAUUCGGGCCCCUCCAGAAACCUUCGCCGAUUACCAGCACAAAUUGCUGCGCAAUUUCCCGGUGAGUCAUCGGAAUCUGUGCACGGCGGCCUCGUCUGGUGCGAAUAAACCAGCGAGCUCGAAUGUAGGUUCAGCUCCGUCUAGUGGGUCUGCGGAGGGCAAUUCUGGUAAUAAGAAUGAAGAAGGGCAGCGCUCAGGUGGGUCGCAGAAUACUUCUCAGGAAGGAAAGCCUAUCCGAGGAGGGCCCGUCUCAUGGAUGAGCUUCUUUUUGCUUCUUUGCACUGGAGCUGGAUUGGUGUACUACUACGACAGAGAAAAGAAACGUCAUAUUGAAGGGAUAACUAAUGCCUCGACUGCAGUAAAACAGGGACCAUCUGUUGGGAAGGCGUCUAUUGGUGGUCCGUUUAGCCUCAUUGAUCAUAAUGGGAAACCCGUUACUGAUAAGGACUUUAAAGGAAAAUGGAACUUGAUAUAUUUUGGAUUCACACACUGUCCUGAUAUAUGCCCAGAUGAGCUACAAAAGAUGGCCGAAGCAAUUGACAAAAUCAAAGAGAAGUCUAAAUUGGAAGUUGUGCCAGUCUUCAUAUCUGUUGAUCCGGAAAGAGAUACUGUCGAACAAGUUCGAGAGUAUGUCAAAGAAUUUCACCCGAAAUUAAUUGGCCUCACUGGUUCGCCGGAGGAUGUCAAGAAAGCCGCACGAGCUUAUCGCGUGUACUAUAUGAAGACGGAAGAAGAAGGUUCAGACUAUCUUGUGGAUCAUUCUAUUGUCAUGUACCUAAUGGAUCCAAAUAUGGAAUUUGUGAAGUUCUUUGGAAAGAAUUUUGAUGCUACUUCGCUUGCAGAUGGAGUAAUUCAGGAGAUAAAGCAGCACAAGAUAGUGAGAGCAUAG